AUGCUUCCUUCAGACCCAUGGAUUCAGAAGCGAGAAUGGAGCCUUGCAGAUGCUCCCACCCUGGCUGCGUUCGCCGACGCAAUGGACCAUCUCGACAACUCGUUCCCACGACCUCCCCUGUUCUCUCCCCAUCCCCUGUCACCCCCACCUCCAUGUGUGCCCGAACACACCGACCCGAUGAACCAAGGUGUCUACUCCCACUCCACAUGGCCAGACGUCGUUGGGGCCGUUGGGGAAGACAACCUCCGCCUCGUCUUCGACCCUUUGCAGACGAUAGUUGGGAACCACCUCCAGCCCUUCGACUCCGAACAGCAGGUCAGAACCCCCGAUGGUCUCUACCAAAGCGUGUUUGGGGACAUGGUGGAGGAGAUGGAGGACGGGUGGACUUUGCACGAUGCAGAGUGGCUGGCAGUGUAUGCGGACACCUUGGAUGCGGCAGACGCGGCAUCCAAUGUCGAGAUACUUGGUCACGGGCGGUGUCUGGGUUCUAUGACCAAGAAGGAUGGCUCGACGGACGGCACAGCAAAGUGA